GUGCCUUUGUUUUUUUCUUAAAUAAAUGAAAAUUGAAGUGCAUGUUUGUGAAGAUAAUUAGGUUUGUAAAGGAAACACAAUAAUGCCUGCCUACGAUAAUGAAGGGGCGACUAUCUCUAUGGAGGAUGUUCGUCCCGAACAUUCAGUUAAGAUAAACACUAUAGAAGAAGAACUACAAGCCAGAAGAAAUAAGCAAUUCAGGCCUCAGAAAUCAACGGUACAUUCUAGAAAGCAGCAAGCCGUGUGUGUAAGAAGAGCGCACAAGAAUUAUGGAUCAGCUAAAAACCCAAACGUUAUUUUGGACGGGCUGAAUAUGACUGUUCCCAAAGGUGCCAUAUACGGUCUCCUUGGUGCAUCAGGAUGCGGAAAGACUACUCUGCUCUCGUGCAUAGUGGGCAGACGAAGACUGAACAGUGGCGAGAUUUGGGUACUUGGCGGAAGACCUGGCAGCCCUGGCAGCGGAGUACCUGGGCCCAGGAUUGGAUACAUGCCUCAAGAAAUUGCUCUAUUCGGCGAGUUCUCAAUACGGGAGACAAUGAUUUACUUCGGCUGGAUCGCAGGCAUGACUACCAAGGACGUCGAGGAGCGCAUAGACUUCCUCAUCACGCUGCUGCAGCUGCCCAACCCUAACAGACCAGUAAAGAACCUGUCAGGCGGUCAGCAACGGAGAGUUUCACUGGCGGCUGCUCUGCUUCACGACCCAGAGCUGCUCAUUCUGGAUGAACCCACUGUUGGAGUAGAUCCUGUUCUUAGACAGAGCAUUUGGGAUCAUCUAGUGGAAAUAACCAGAGGAGGAAGAACGACAGUCAUCAUCACCACGCAUUACAUCGACGAGACUAAGCAGGCUGACAUCAUCGGUCUCAUGCGUGGAGGCAGAUUCCUGGCCGAAGAAUCACCAAGCGAGCUGAUCAAUCGUUAUCAAGCUGAAAGUCUAGAGGAAGUCUUCCUCAAGCUGUCAGUUCUUCAGAAUUUGGGUAAACGGCGAAGGUCCAGCAUUCUUGCCGAUUUAAUGGAGAAGGUGGAGUUGCCUCCUAUACCUGAUCCGACUGCAAUAGACCUAUCAGAGGCAGAAUUAGGGGAAAUUUCCGGUGAAUUUGGAGACAAUGUUUCAAUGUCCAGUAAAGGUCGAGUAGUGGUAACACCUGAGCUGAAAGCCCCCGUGGCAGCCUUGCCCCCUGAAGAUGAGCCUCCUGAAGGAUGCUUGGAGAGAAUAAAACCGAUGAAGUGGCAUCACAUGAAGUCGUUGAUUUGGAAGAAUUUCUUGGGCUUGUUUAGAAAUUUCGGCAUUUUAGCCUUCAUCCUCGGUCUUCCAAUAUCGCAAAUGAUAUUAUUCUGCGUGGCAAUCGGGCACUACCCUGUAGGACUCCCUAUAGCCAUAGUGAACUACGAGCUUGGCCCUAACAACACCAACGUUUCCUGCUCCUAUAAUGACACCUGCCCACAAGACGAAAAUUAUGAGUGGAACCUGCAGAGGUUUAGCUGCCAGUACUUGGAGUUUUUGAAGAAACGCCAGAAUAAUUUUAAGUACUACCCAAACAAGGAAGCAGCAAUGGCAGAAGCGGUCCGAGGCAAAUCCAGAGCCGUACUAAUAUUCCCGGCAAAUUUCUCAACGAGUCUCCAAGAAAGAGUACGAGAUGCGAGACACGCGGAUGAUUAUACUGUUAUGAGCUCGGAAAUUGAAGUCCAUAUGGAUGAUACGGGUAAGCAUGCAUUUUCUUGUGAAACCAAGUAUAUGUAUUUUGGAUUUGAAGACUACUUUAGAGAAUAUUUAUCACAUUGCAAUUCAGAUAAUAAAGAUUUUUUUAUUUCAUUGCAGUUCAAUAACCCUGUAUAUGGAUUAGAUGUACCAAACUUCACAGAUUUCGCUGGACCGGGAAUCAUUCUUACAAUCAUCUUUUUCUUGGCCGUGGCGUUGACUUCAGGUGCAAUGUUGGCAGACAGAAAUGAAGGUAUCUUGGAACGAUCCCUAGUCUCUGGAAUUACGGGUAUAGAAAUCCUGUUCUCCCAUGUGACAGUGCAAAUGUUGAUUAUGUUGGUGCAAUCCGGAGCGGUCUUGCUCAUCGGAUUUGUUGGCUUCGGGUUGACAAUCCGAGGACCUGUUGGUUGGGUCAUCAUCCUGACGCUUAUCACUGGACUAUGUGGAAUGACCUUUGGUUUCGUGGUAUCCUGCAUUUGCGACACGGAAAGAACAGCAACGUAUUUAGCUUUGGGAUCGUUUUUGCCUAUGAUCAUGUUGUGCGGAAUUAUUUGGCCAAUUGAAGGAAUGCACCUUAUUCUGCAAUGGGUAUCAUACGUUCUUCCACUCACAAAGUCGACUGAGUCUAUGCGAUCUAUGCUUCAGCGAGGUUGGUCCAUACAUGUACCAACUGUUUAUUCCGGCUUCAUCUCAACGGGACUGUGGAUAGCCAUAUAUUUAACAACCAGUAUAUUGCUAAUUAAGUUUAAGAAAGGGUGAUUUUAAACACAACGUUUAAAAUCACCACAAUUAAAUAUUCCUGUAUUUAUGCUCGCCAAUAUAAUAACGUAGUGUUACGCAUCCCACUUCUGAUUGUGUCUUUUAUAAUGUUUUGGGUAUUUGUUAUUUUAGCAAAACUGGUUUAUGGAAAUUUGUCAACUUUGGUUUUAUUGUAUGUUCCUGAUGGUAGCAUGGUAGUCUUAUCUUGUCAUUGUCUGUCUUUUGUUGUCAUUUUUCAUUUGAUUAAUUAGUAAUAUUAAUUUAAUUACUUAUUGAGAUGUGGAAAUGUUUGUCUUGCCAACUUAAGUGUCAAUGAAUAAAAGAAACGUUAAGAAAAUAAUAAUAAUGGUAGGUGUAUUUGAGUAAAUGUUAUAGCUGACUUAGAAAAGCUUUUUCUCUGUAAUCUGGUUUAAUUCUACCGCCUUUUAAAGCAAAUUGCCGCGAUUGUCAGCGUGUUUUUCGCCUUAGCGUAGUUUAAAUGAGCAAGAUGUAUUUUUUUGUACGCGAUUUUAUAUGUUACGUACAUAUUCGAAUUAUUAUAUUUGUAUUUUUUGUAUUACGUAGAGUGGUAUGUUAUUUAAUAAACUUGAAUAAAUAUUGUGUAAAAUAUAAUAAGAGACCGACGUGAAAAAAAAAGGGACUCGAAUUUUUUUUACCAUUGGCAACUGACGCAGAGAAAAUAACGAUUGAGAAGUCUAAGUUAACUUUUAUGCGUACUAUUUUUGGAUUAGAAUGAAUCGUAGUUCAAAUUUUUAUUAAAAUUUGGUACGUUUUAUACAUAAUAUUUUUUUGUCACAUUGUCUUUAAUAAUGCAUAUUAUGUUCUGGAAUU